CUUGCUUGUUAAUGAAAACCAUUAAUCUGAUCCCUUGAACAGUAUAAUUCAGUCAUAAUAUAGUCUUUAUAGCCUUAAUAUAUUCAUUGCCAUCUCCUUCAGUGUCUCCUCUUGCCUCCAUUCUGUUGCGAGUAUAAGAGUAUUACCAAAGGAAAAGAUUUUAUUGAAUAAGAUUUUGUUGCGAGUAUAAGAUUUUAUUGAUUUUUCGGUAGUCUGUGCCUUUGUAAUGGCUAUUCUUUCAUAUAGACAAAUCAUUGUUGGGGUUGUGUUCCAAAUUUCAACAGUCUUGGUUUGGUUGGGGAUCUGCUUUGCAGAAAAUGUUCCUGCUAAUUUUGUCUUUGGAGAUUCUUUGGUUGAGGUGGGUAACAACAACUACAUUGCAUCACUCUCCAAGGCUAAUUAUGUUCCGAAUGGGGUUGAUUUUGGCAAGCCUACAGGAAGAUUCACAAACGGCAGGACAAUUCUUGACAUUAUAGGAAAUGGGUUUUAAAGAUUUUACUCCUCCAUACUUGGCUCCAACGACAGUUGGAAGUGUGGUUCUGCAGGGUGUCAAUUAUGCUUCGGGUGGAGGCGGCAUUUUAAAUCACACUGGAAAGAUCUUUGGUGGUAGAAUCAACUUGGACGCACAGAUGGACAAUUUUGCAAAUACCAAGGCAGACAUAAUCUCAAUUAUAGGUGCUUCUGCAGCAUUGGAGCUGUUUGAAAGGGCUCUCUUCUCAGUUGCAAUUGGAUCGAAUGAUUUCAUCAACAAUUACCUGACACCGGUAGUUUCUGUGGUUGAGCAGAAGCUGGUAGCUCCUGAAACAUUCGUUGCAGCAUUGAUUUCAAGAUUCAGGAUUCAACUUACGAGGCUCUACAAUAUGGGUGCUAGAAGGAUUGUUGUGGCAAAUGUGGGGCCUAUUGGGUGUAUCCCUUAUCAGAGAGAUAUCAAUCCAUCUGCAGGAGAUGGCUGUGUUGCUUUCCCAAACCAGUUAGCCCAGUUGUUCAACAGCCAGUUAAAAGGCCUCGUCGCAGAGCUAAGCAUCAACCUAAAGGGAUCAAAAUUUGCAUAUGCAGAUGUGUACAACAUUGUAGAGGAUAUCUUUAUAAACUACUUAUCAUAUGGUUUUCAAAAUACAGAUUCGUCUUGCUGCUACCUUACUGGUCACCAUGGAGGUAUAGUCCCAUGCGGUCCUCCAUCUAAAGUUUGUCCAGACAGAUCAAAGUAUGUUUUUUGGGAUCCAUACCAUCCAACUGAUGCUGCUAAUGCUAUCAUAGCGAAGCGUCUGGUGGACGGCGACUCUAAUGAUAUUUCACCGAUGAAUAUUAGACUGCUCCUCGAAUCCUGACCUAUGGAAUAAUAUGGAAUCCCAGAACUAUUUUAGAAGAAGUUGAACAGAAAAGCCAUAUUCUUUGUUUUACCAAAGAUAGCAUAUCCAAUACCAA